AUGCCAGCAACUUCUGAUUGUAUUGAUCAGGUGCACGACGCAACACCACUUCCACUCGACUUUAAUAACACAUCCUUGGUGCAAAUAGCCGUCGCAAAAGCUUCUCAAGUAAACGAAAACGGUAACGAGCGGCCUUUUGCACUAUUGGAAAAUAGCGAAGUGCAUGAGGACAAUUCUGCACUCGUCAAUACACCAAGAAAACGAAGGAGGCUAGAAGUUCAAAUUGGAGAAAGUUCAGAUUUACAGCUUCGCCCAGCGUCUUGCAACAAUAACUUACAAACUAUCGCCUGGGAAUUUCCACUCCAAAGCUCUGGGACGACUUCGAACGUGUUGGAAAUACAUAACCAAAGCCUUAUGAUGAAGCCGGCAACAUUGCAUAGUCUACAGUAUGCAUUGCCGAACAACAUCAGUCAUGAAAUAUCACAAUCAUCUCCAUUAGAUGUAUCAGCAGGAUUGCGACCAGAACACGGAGGUCGACAGCAUAACGAACUUAUGCCCUACACCUACAAUGCGUUUCUCCCUAUUGCUUUAGAGAUGCAAAAUGUUCAACGUUACAAGAACAGUCCACAACUCCAGAUUCAGCUCCAUGACUUUCGUGUUGUUCCAGACACAGCCCGGUCAGUUUGGUUUGCUAUUACUGGCAAUAUUGGAGGUCUGCAGAAGCUUUUCGCACAAGGGCUGGCAUCACCAAAGGACAUAAGCUAUACUCGACAGUACAGCCUAGUGAGGUGGGCUCUAUAUGGUGGGAUGAACAAUUACCCAACUGUAAAAUUCUUGCUCAGUCAGGGAGCUUCUGUUGAUGAAGAGUCCUAUCGGCAUGUAUGGGAUUAUGCAUAUCGCAUGAAAUGCAAUCCCACAGAGCUUUCUGAGCUAAAAUGCAUCACGAUGCAACCGCCAACGUCAUACAUUCACACCGAUUGGGUUGAAGAGCAGAGAUUUCCGCAGAUCCACAAAAUAGUUCUUGGUCGGUGUUCUGAAUCGCUCAGCGUUGAGAUCGAUGCCAAUCCAAAUGCUGUUAAUCUCACGGAUGCCAUGAACCGCACAGCGCUUGACUGGGCUACCGCUCUGGCUAAGCUGUCCGACAUGAGAAUCUUAAUCGACCGCGGCUCACCCCUCAACUCGAUAGACGUCAGUGGCCGCAGUACCGUCCUGCAUGCAGUUGACAGUCACAACGAAGAUGCUCUCAGUAUGAUCCUUGAGGCUGGAGCAGAUCCUAAUCCUGAAAUUCCAGGGGGUCUAUUUCGCAGCAGCCCACUCACAGCGGCUACGUUUGGCGGCUUGGAAGGCAUGGUCAAGAGGCUUCUAAAUCACGGCGCCAAGGUUGAUGCCUGCAACCCAGAAGGCCGGACAGCUUUACACACUGUUGCCAGUAUGCAAAAUGUUGAGUGCGCGCGGAUUCUGCUCGAUCAUGGGGCAAAUUUGGGACUUGUUAACAGCAAAGGAUUUUCGCCAAUUAUGACAGCGGUGGUGCAUAACAGCCAUGCUGUACUGAAACUCUUCAUCGAUCGAUGCAAUGCCGAUUGUUUAGAGGGGUCGCAAUUACUACCUGUUAUAGCCCAGUUUGCAGACACGGAAACGAUGUCCAUCCUUGCGACAUCACCCCUGCUGAGGGAGACUCUAUGUAAGGAAGAUCUUACUUCCGGCCGCAGAAGUCUUGAGUCGCGAACUGACUAUGAUAAAGUACUUGGUAAUGCGUUUGACAGUCUGUGUCGAUGA